ACCACCAUCACCAUGACGAUCACCACCAACUGGCAGCACUCAUCAUGAAGCCAGGCUCUUCCAGCUCCUCCAGUCAGGACGAGCAGCAGGCCAGCUGCAGAGGCUCUGCUUCAUCAUUACAUAAGACACAGGAUAAAGCCUCUGAGAUAAAAGGAAUAAUGAUGCUUCAGGAGCAAAACCAGGAGCUGCAUCACAGUCUUCUGCAGACGGCCAUGAGGAUGGAGUGCAUGGGAGAGGAGUUCAAGAGCAGUCACGAGCUCCUGGAGUCAGAACUGCAGAGGACCCACGUGGAGCUGAGCAGCCUGCUAGAUAAAUUCAAAAGACUCCAGGAUAACUAUUCCUCCACCCAACAGACCAACAAUCUCCUGGAGCGUAAACUGCAUUCAGUGGCUCAGAACAUGGAUGGGGAACGUGAGCGUCUCAAUCAGCGCAUCUUGGUCCUCACGGAUCAGCUGGCCAAAGCCAGGAUCACCAUCCACAGCAUGGAGAGCAUACACGUGAGAACGCCCUCCCCUCCUCCUGACCAACACAGCUAGCUGAAACAAGAGACAACCCAGAACGCGUGGAGCGGCAAAGUACAAAGACACACACACACACAGUAGAUGUUAGUUAACAGCAAAACGAGUUGAAGUGAUGGAACCUGUGAUCCUGGCCUGCUUGUCUUUGUCGACUGUUGAACUGUUGAUUGGCUUAUUGAAAAUCAAAUCGGAUUAAUUUGAUUUCAGAUGGAGUCUGGGUGGUCACACUGUUGACAAUCUGUU